CUAUUCCUUCUUUCACGUUUUCUCCGACACACUCUUAUCCAUCCAAUCCAACAAAACCACAUCUACAUCCCCAGUAGAGGCUGUUCAAUUUCUAUACUACUUUAGAAUACAAGUUUUCAAUUUUGUUGUAGAGAGAGAGACAGAGAGACAGAGAGAGUAAGAUAGUAUAGUAUAGUAGAGAGAUGGGAAAGAGAAGGGAGCUAUUGAUAAUGUGGGUUGUUGCUGCGAUGUCAAUGGAGGUGUGCUGGUGUUGGCGUGUUGAGGAAACAAUGGGCAAUGCGAAUGAGAGGAUGAAUCUGGCGGCGGAGAACAUGAAGUUGAGAGCUGAAGAAGCGAAGCAGAGAACUGCAGAGACCUUGCAAGACGCUGGGGAGAAGGCUGAUUCUUGGACUGGUUGGGCUGUCGGAAAAGUCUCCCAGGGACUUGGAUUCAACCAAGAAGACGCAAAAGAGUCAGGUCAAAGGAUGAUGGAUAAAGCUGGGGAUGCUGCGUCAAAAACCACAGAGACAAUGAAUUCUGCUGCGUCUGAAACAUCAAAAUAUGCUUCUCAAAAGACUGGUGACGCAACCAACUUGGCUUCAGAGAAAAUGGGUCAAGCAAAGAAUUUUGCUUCUGAGAAGUUAGGUCAAGCCACGAACAUGGCGUCUGAUAUGGCCAGUGAUGCCAAAGACACGAUGGUAGAAACAAUGUCGCACGGGAAAGCUAAAGCAUCUGAUGCCUGCGAUUUUGCUUUUGAAAAGGGGGAUCAAGCCUUGAAUAUGGCUUCAAAUAAGGCUGGUGAUGCCAAAGAGACAAUAGCUAGAGCAAUGUUACAUGGAAAAGAUAGGGCUUCUGAUGCUUACACCUCUGCAUAUGAGAAGGCAACUCGACCCAUAGAUAUGACCUCAGACAUAGCUGGAGGUGCCAAAGAGACGAUGGAUAACGCGAUGUCACGAGGGAGAGAUACAGCCUCUGAUGCCUACGCAUAUGCGUAUGAGAAGGCAGAUGAAGCCAAGAAUGGGGCCUCGGACAUGGCUGGAAAUGCCAAAGAGACAAUGAUUGGAGCAAUGCCACAUAUAAGAGAUAGAGCUUCUGAUGCCUACACCAUAGCAUCUGAGAAGGCAGAUCAAGCCAAGAACAUGGCCUCAGACAUGGCUGGGGAUGCCAAAGAGACGAUGGCUGGAGCAAUGUCACGCGGGAGAAAUAAAGCCUCUGAUGCCUACACCUUCGCAUCUGAAAAGGCGGAUCGAGCCAAGAAUACGGCUUCAGAUAUGGUUGGUGAUGCCAAAGAGAUGGUGGAUGGAGCAACGUCACAUGGAAGAGAUAGAGCCUCUGAGGCAUACAACUAUGCUUCUGAUAGGGCAGAUCAAACCAUAAGAAUGGCUACAGAUAGGGUCAAUGAUGGCGAAGAUUCAAUGGGAGUGUACGAUGAUGCUAAAGACACUAUUGGUGAUACAUACAUGUCAGCCAAGGAAACCAUGACUGAUCAGGCGAAGGAGAAGUAUGAGGCUGCCAAAGAAAAGGCUUCUGAAGCCACAAGUAAUCUAGGAGUGAAGAUGAGAAAGACUGGUGCAAAUCUAUAAAGAAUUGAUGACAUUUAAGUUAUUUAAUAGUAAUAAUUAACCACUACUAUUGACUAUGCCUUGUGCGAGUCAUUGUUCUUAUUUUCUUUGACUUAUGUUCCAUUGAUGAAAUUUUUUUUAGGCACUUUUAGGAACUUGAAUUUUUGUAUUUCAUAAAACGUUGUAAGUGUGGCCUUAAGAGUCAGCUUUAUAAUACAUUUUUGCAU